AUGGCUGCUUCUCCCCUCGACCAGAAUGCCGUCUUCGUGCACGAUAAUGCUCCUCCCCCGCCCCAACUGCAGGGAAGCUUGCUAGCUCUUUUCUCCCUCAAAGGGAGGACAGCCAUCGUCACCGGCGGUGCUGCUGGUAUCGGUCUCAGCGUGGCCCAGGGUCUCGCAGAAGCCGGUGCCAACAUUGCUUUGUUCUAUAACACCAACGAAAAGGCUCUAGAGCGUGCUGCCGAGAUCGAGAAGAAAUAUGGCGUAAAGGCCAAGGCAUAUAAGUGUGAGCUGCGCGACUACAAGAAAGCCGAGGAUACCAUCAACGAGGCCGUCAAGGACUUUAAUGGCCGCUUGGAUGUUUUCAUUGCUAACGCAGGUAUUCCAUGGACUCAGGGUCCCACUGUCGACGGCCCCAUCCAGCACUACUUGGAUGUUGUCCAGACUGAUCUCGAUGCCACUUGGUACUGCGCUCGUGCUGCUGCUGCCCACUGGCGACGACAGAAAGAGGAAGGCACCGACCUCUUCGGCAACAAACUUGAAAACUUCACCUACGGAAGCUUUGUCGCCACGGCCUCCAUGAGCGGUCACAUUGUCAACAUUCCCCAGCUUCAGGCUCCUUACAAUGCGGCCAAGGCCGGUGUCCGUCACCUGGUCAAGUCUCUUGCCGUUGAGUGGCCCAAGUUCGCCCGUGCCAACACCAUCUCUCCUGGAUACAUUGCCACCGAGAUCUCCAACUUCGUCCCUCAGGAGACCCACAAUAUCUGGAAGAGCAAGAUCCCUCUGGGCCGUGAGGGUCUGCCUGAAGAACUCAAAGGUGCCUUCCUGUACCUCGCUAGCGAUGCCUCCAGCUACACCACAGGAACCGACAUCAUCGUUGAUGGUGGCUACUGUGCUCCUUAG